ACUGCAACUGCCCAGCCGAAUGCCAUUUCUAACACUUCAGUGCAAAACGUUGGAUUCACCUCUGUCCUGGGAUUCGCGAUAGCUUGCAGUGAUUCUCAAGCAGCAUUCUUUAAAGCCAAAACCGGGGACGUUCUGAUCGGUGUAUCUCUUUACAACACAGAGGUUCAACCAUUCGGUGUCAGACCUGACGACAAAACCAAGCAAAUGUAUUUCACCAGACAAGUAGAUGACUGUGUUGGAACGUUUUCGGUCGGAUCAUGGAUGGCCAUCGUCACCAUUCUGAUCCUGCUUGCUGGUUUCAUCUUUGGAUUCCUUAUGCUGAACUCCGUUCAAACCAUGGAUAGAUUCGACGAUCCAAAACACAAGCAGAUUGUGAUUAAUGUCAGGGAAUAA